AUGAUUGCUCCCAGACAAUUUGAGCAGUUCAAUAAAGCAGUGGAAGCUUGCCGAAUCACGGAAAGCAGCUUCAACCAUCAUCUGAUGGUCAAGACAACUCCCAGAGCAGAGAAGGGAGGUCAAGGAGGUCAAGGUGUUACCUCGUCCAACGUGAAUAAGAAGAGGAAGCAACCUUGGAACAACCACAAGAGCAAGAAGGGCGGUAAAGCCCCGAAGGGCAAGGAGUGUCCUAAGUGUGGCAAGAAUCACGGUGACAGACUGUUUAUGGCUGGGCAGAAUGUUUGCUACACCUGUGGCAAACCUGGACAUUUCUCAAGGGAGUGCCCACAGAACACCGAGCAGUCAAGACCACGUACCCAGGGCCGAGUGUUUGCCAUCACAAGAGAAGAAGCCCGAAAGUCUCCGGAGAUGAUCCAAGAGUAG